UAUACAGCGGGAUCGCUGGGGUCCAUCAAUGCAGCGCAGCAGGACAGUGAAAGCAGCUAUGACGGCCGCAUCAUCAAUGAGGAUCCUCGGGUGGUUUGGCUAAAGACCAUCAUUGCCAACCAGCUGGGCGUGUUUCAGCCAGUUUACGUUAACACUCUGAUUGCCAACAAUAAGAUCGCCGUGGAUGACUUUCUGAACAAGCGCUAUGAGCGACAGGCGCAUCUGGAUCGCGUCAUCAUGUACGUAUGGCGGACGUUCUACGACAGGCUCGUGGAGGAGGAGAUCACAGUGCUGGAGGAGCUGCCGCGGCCCUCAAUACCGAUCAAGGAGAAGAAGAAGAAGGGCAAAGGGCGCAAAAAGGGCGGACAGGAGCCCGAGCAAAUGGCAGAGCAGGUGGAAGCCGAGCCAGCCGAGCCAGCCGAAGGCACUGAUCUAGAGACGGAGGCCGAGGGUGAGGCCGAGGGCGAGGAGGAUGCCACACUAGUCAGCAGCAACAAGAGCUCAGCUCGCUCCAAGCGUCGCAAAACCAAAAAGAAAAGCUACGUGCCGGUCUACAUUGAAGUUAAGAAAAUUGUUCCUGCUUAUAUUAAAACACCAAUUCUUCAUUGUCACUUUGGCGAGAUGGAAUCGCACAACUUUGACCCCAAAAUCAGAUAUGUAUAUAUAAUGCGCAAAAAUGCAAGAGAAAUUCCCUGGUUCAAAGAGAUAUCGCAGUGCUUUGCCGAAAUGCCAUUAUUGUUUCUAUUGGGCUCCAUUCGAGGCAACCUCAUCGACGCGCUGCGACACGAAUUAAAGAUGGUUUACAAUAGCGCCUUUCGAUUUCAAUUUCGCGAACCGGAUACCCACCACACCGCGGAUACCCAGCAGAAGGAGGGUAAUGAAGCCCAGAGGGAGAGUGGCGGCGCGGGCGGAGCUGGUGAUGCUGGCGAGAAUGUUUCCAGCGAGGCCAAGGAAUCGGGGCCGGGUCUAUUGGAGCUUUCCAAACCAUCGGAAUUUCGUUUGAAAGCGCUUAAACAACAAAAAAAACAAAAGGCACUGGAAGCAGCAGCCAAGAAGCUGGCGCAGGCCAAGUUGGCUGCAGGUGGAGACGACGAAGAUGAAGUGCAAAGUGCACCCAUAGAAAUACCAUCAUCUUCUGAGGAGGAGAUGGAACAGAAACCAGAAAAACUGACCAUUGCUGAGCGCUGGGAGAAGCUGUUGAAUGAGACCAAGGCCAAAGUGGUGGCAGAGCGCAUGGCUGAAGAGGCCACACCUCCACGCAUUAAUCCCAUACUGCGUCGACUGCUGAAGGAGAUCGACGAGUUUGACAGCGAAAUCGUGUGGACGAUCAAUCACAUUGUAUGGGCCUUCAAUUUGCCAUCGUCCUAUGUGCUGCCCGGCCAGGAAGAAACUGAGUUCGAAGAGGCGCUCAUACGUGUGCCUGUAGACCCCAAGAAAUUGGACCUGAUUCCAACCUAUACUCAAAGUCAGCUCGAAGAUGUCGUCGACGGUUGGAUGAAGUAUCUAAAUAAAACAAUGAAGACCCUCAAGGAUGCCAAGCUGGACGAGUUCACCCCCAUGGCAGAGUACCGCUACUGGCAUAAGAUGGAGAUCGACCUCUAUGGCACACUGGAGCAAUUGAAAACGGAAUUCGUGAUGGCCGUACUUAACCGUCUAGCCAACGACGGAUCUAAAGUGCUCAUCGAGUGGAAUAAGGUACUUGCCAAAACAGAGGAGCGAUUCAAAUUAGCAAAGGAGAACUCGGACUAUCUGGGCACCGUGACGGACUACCUGGAGAAAAUACAAAACUACGACAGCAUGAAAAUGGCCAUCAUGCAGAUUCCAAACGUUAUGGUCGGCUUACGCCACAUCUGGACUAUGUCCAGCUACUAUUGCCGCGAUCCCGAAAUGCAAGUGCUACUCUGUGAAAUAUCGAAUGUGUUCGUGCAGAAGGUGAAGAAAAUCAUUAAUUUCGACAAUAUAUUUCGCUAUUCGGCAUCCUAUACAUAUGAGACAGCGAACAACUGUGCAAACCUUUUGCACUGCUGGAAACACGCCUACAAGGUGAGCCGGCAGCACAUCGAGGAAUCUGGUGCCGGCUCCCGUUGGGAAUUCGAUCGCGUGGCACUCUUCAAUGAGGUGAAUCACAUAUACCAAGUGGCCGUGGACAUUGCAUAUGUGGGGCGGGUGUUCAUACAGUAUGAGAACUUGUUUGGACGGAACCUAAAGGCACUGAUCACCGAUCCCGCAAUUGUGGACAAUCUCAUGCGGAAAAUCUAUCGCUUGUUGGAUGAUCUGAUUCGGAGCGUCGACUAUGAUAUGUUCCUGCCCAGCAAUUGGGAGAACUGGGAGUACUCGCUGGAGCAGUUCAAUAAACGGCUUGAGAGUCUCGAAAUAGAUGCCAAAGCGGUUAUCGAUCAGAGCAUCAACUCCUUACUCUCAGCCCAGAAAGGUAUCAAGCUGCUUGUCAAUGCAAACACCAUUGACACGCGCCAGGUUCUACAGGAAUUCGUCUCCACGAAACAUGAGAAUCUACUGCGAUUUUUCGUGAGCGAGAUUAAUAACGUAGAAACCGUGUUUAUGAAACAUAAGAAAACUCCACCAAUGCCAAAAUUGCAACCUGCUAAAAUUAGCGCCAUCUGUUGGGCGCGUUUGUUGGGCCGGAGGCUAAAGAACUCGGUUUUGGCAUUCAAAACCUUAGAGGACGAUCCGGCUAUGCAGAAUAGUUUCCUAAAGCGCAGCGCAUUCAAGCAGUACUUUGAGCUGAUGACGACUAUGUUCCAGUUCGAAAAGGUGCUUUUCGAGAAAUACAUGCAGAACUCUACUUUUAUGAUCAAUCACACCAACCGCUCCAAUAUACUGAGUAUACAGAUAUGCGUCAACGAUACUCUCAACUAUAUAUCGGAAGCAUCGCAAACACUGAGGGCCAAGAGCCGAGUGAAUUCUGUAUUACAAAUGCCUUCUUCCCAAUAUGGUGGCAGUAUGAGUCUCAUGGAUGUCAGCUCUGAUGGCAGUUUGCAUGGAGAGCAAUCCAUGAGUUUCUUUGAGGAGGAUGACGAUGACGAACAGGCCGCUGUGGAUGCCGCUCAAAUAGGUGUAAUGUGUAAAAUAAACCGGUUCACGGUACUCACAGCGAUGAUCAUGUGGAUGGUGGGCAAGACGCGGCAUGCGAAUCUACAGCUGGGCAAGGCGAAUGCCUUUUUAGCCGCCAUGAAGGAGCGAAAGCCAAAAGAUAUCACAGCUCGUGAUCGGGAGUGCAUGCAGACAUGUGAUUUACUCAUCCAUGCGGAAUCGCAACGCAUGUUGCCCAUCUGGAGAGAGCUGGUUGGCGACAAGGUGUUAAUCGAGUACGAUACGCAGUUCGUGGUCAACUUGAAUCGCGAGGUGUUUGACACAAUGUUCGAGGGACAGCUCUUUGAACAGCUGGGCUUUACGCUGCCUGCCGUACUCCGUACGGCGAUCAUGAGAAAGGACAUUCUCUUCAAGGACUAUGAGAAGCUGUCGGAGGUUAUCAAUCGCUACAAUGGAAUUAUUAGCAACUUGUCAAUGUCUGAGGUGGUAUUUUUGCGAGAGCACAUCUACGAUACGGAGCUGUUCAUACAAAUGGGUGUGGGGCGCUUCACCUGGAUAUCGUUCAAUAUUGCCAAAUUCUGCGACCAGAUCAACUCUCAGCUCCGCAAGCUGACCUCGAUAGUGUCGCAAAUCAAUUUUAUUCGACGGGACCUGCGCAACCGUAUCGAUCAGAUCAAAAGAUUUAAUCUGUUUAACCUAGACGAAGAGUGGAAUCGAAUGAAUGAAUCGAUCGCCAGCGUAUCUCAUAGUAUUAUAGCACCAGCAAAGAGCACAAUGGCCCGCACUUUCAAGUCCAUGACGGGGGAAACGGUUAUGAUGCUGCAAGCCGAUGAUGAUCUGGAUGCUCAGAAGAUUAUUGAAGAACGGGCUUGUGGCAAGGGUGUGUACGACUGCCAAAACUACUUUGAGCUCUUGGAGUCGUCGCGUAAUCAGAAGGCGGCGCAAAUGAAAAAGCUCUACGAUUCCCUGGGGCCAGUGCUAAUCAAACUGGAGAGCUUAGUCCUGGGCACGUUCACGGGCCGGUCUGAAAAAAUGCGAAAUUACUACGAGUUUUGGGAGGAAGAGACUUACAAGUGCAUUGUUGACAUGACCUUUGAGAAUUUGAAAUGUUAUAUUAAUCGACUGCUAUCGAAUGAGCCCAUGUUUGAGGUGAAUGCCGUGCUGCUCAUGUCCGAAAUCGUAUUGGAGCCGUCCGCCAAUGAGCUGCAGAACAUCAUCAUAACAGCAGCCAAGGAUUACCUGACGCGCAUAAAAAUCUUCACACGCUGGAUGUCUGGCACCUGUAUCAACUGUCCGCUGCUGGAUGCGGGCACCCAGUGGAAAUAUAACUAUACGUUCUUCGAGGACGUAAUGGGCAUCAAGGAUGUGGUGAAUCUCAUUAUAAAUAUACACGAGCUAGCCGCAAAAAUUGUGAACGAAGCCAAGAGCUUUGUGUCUCAAUUUCGCAAGUACUUCAAUCUGUGGGCCUUUGAGAAGGACGUUAUAUGCCAAAAGUUUGUGGAGCGCCAGGUGACACUUGUCGAAAUCGAUGAGAAAUUUACAUUUUACUCGAGCAUUGUGGAAACCUUGGAUCAAAUGCGCAAGUACCAUGACGUCAGAUGUGUGCGCAUAAAUUUGAGUCCAUUGCUGGAAAGCAUCCAGCAACAUGCCAAGCAAUGGUGCACCAUAUUGGGUGAGGAGUUGUUGCAACAUGUUAUCGACAAUAUGCGGACUAUGCGAAACGAAAUCAAAUUGCUGAGUAUGAAUCUUAACAAGACCACACGCGAGCUGGAGGACUUUAAGCUGGUCAUGCAAACCAUCGCCACCGUUCAGUCGACAACGUUGACAAACGAACAGAAGAUACAUGAGAUGCAAGAGACCUUCACAGUGCUAAGUGAGCACCAAAUCACGUUCUCGUACGAAGACAUGCUGAUGGCCCAUCAUCUGGAGAAGCGCUGGAAGCGUCUAUUUCUAUCGGCAUUGUAUCGCUCGGAGAAGCUGCAACCAAUUAAGCAGAAAUUCGCAGAGAUGACUACCGGAGAAAUCGAAAUAUUCUGGGACGAUCUGGAGGAAUUUAUCAAGGAUUGGGAUGAAAACGGUCCCGGCUCCUGCGGCCCUGAGCUGGAGCGCGGCGUUCGUCUGAUGGAUCCAUACAGCCAGAAAUUAAAUGAACGAGAGCUACGGCGCCAAGAACUGGCCAACGCGGAGCGUCUGUUCGACAUGCCCAUGGUGGACUACCACGAAUUCUCACGUGUGCAAACCGAAUUCGAGGGACUGCAAAUAAUCUUCAAGCUGUACAGGGCCCAAAAGAACGCUCGCGAGAUCUGGGGCAAGACUCUGUGGGUCGAUUUGGAUCCGAAUUUUCUCACCGAGGGCGUCGAAAGCUAUCUGAAAGAAUUCCGUAAAAUGCCUAAGGCGGUGCGUAUGCUGCCCACUGGCCAGCAACUGGAGCUGCACAUGAAACAGUUCAAGGCCACAGUUCCGCUGAUGGUCAGCCUCAAACAUGAGGCGCUGCGCGAACGCCAUUGGCACCAGCUGAUGGAGAAGACGGGCCAGUUUUUCGACAUGUCGCCCAACCGCUUCACACUGGACAACAUGUUCGGCAUGCAGCUGCACAAGUAUCAGGAAAUCGCCGAGCAGAUCCUCACCAAUGCCGUCAAGGAAUUGCAAAUCGAGCGGGGCGUACGCGCCGUGGAAGAAACGUGGGGUUCGAUGUCGUUCAAGGUAAACAAACACUUCAAGGGCACCGAGGACCGCGGCUGGAUCUUGGGACCGGUGGACGAGAUAAUGCAAGUCCUCGAGGAUAAUGCCAUGAACUUGCAGUCAAUGGGAGCCAGUCAAUUCAUUGGCCCAUUUCUGGAAACUGUCAACCGCUGGGAGCGGGCCCUCGCGCAUGUCUCCGAAAUCAUCGAGGAGUGGCUGAUCGUACAGCGAAAGUGGCUGUACUUGGAGGGCAUUUUUAUUGGCGGCGACAUACGCACACAGCUGCCGGAGGAGGCGCGCAAAUUCGACGAGAUUGACAAGUCGUAUCGCAGGAUCAUGGUCGAUUGUGCCAAAAAUCCGUUGGUGGUGCCAUUUUGUGCAGUGCCCGGACGUUUAGUGGAUAUACAAGGUCUAGGAAUUGGCUUGGAAAAUUGUCAGAAGUCGUUAAACGAAUAUUUGGACUCGAAGCGUCGCAUUUUCCCGCGCUUCUAUUUCAUAUCCACCGAUGAGCUGCUCUCGAUUUUGGGCAGCAGCGAGCCAUCUGCAGUGCAGAACCACAUCAUUAAGAUGUACGACAAUAUCAAGUCGCUGCGCCUGGUCAAGGAGGGCGCUCAUACAAUUGUUACCGCCAUGAUAUCCAGCGAGGGUGAGGUCCUGGAGUUUCGAAAUUUCCCCCGGGCCCAGGGUCGUGUGGAGCAUUGGAUGAACGAUGUGCUGGAUGAGAUGCGGCUCUCGAAUCGAUAUGUAACUAAGACGUGCGUCUACGACUACGGCACCGAUCUGAUUAUUUCAAGGCCGGACUGGUUAAUGAACUACCAGGGCAUGGUGGGCUUGGCUGCCAGCCAAGUCUGGUGGACGGCAGAGGUGGAGGAGGCGUUCGAUCAGGCCCAAAAUCACGGCAACAUGCGCGCCAUGAAGGACUUUCUUAUGAAGAGUAACUAUCAAAUUGAGGAGCUCGUAUUAAAAGUGCGCUCCAAUCUGUCGCGCAACGAUCGAUUAAAGUUCAAGGCGAUAUGCACGAUAGAUGUGCACGCUCGGGACAUUAUCGAUAACUUUGUGCGCGACAAUGUGCUUGAUGCCAGCGAGUUCAGCUGGGAGAGUCAGCUCCGCUUCUACUGGGUCAAAUUCUACGACAACCUACUGGUGCUGCAGUGCUCGGGCAGCUUCGAUUUCGGUUAUGAGUACAUGGGUCUCAAUGGCCGUCUGGUAAUCACGCCGUUGACGGAUCGCAUCUAUCUAACCAUUACCCAGGCACUGCUAAUGAACCUCGGUGGGGCACCUGCUGGUCCUGCUGGCACAGGCAAAACGGAGACGGUCAAGGAUCUGGCCAAGGCCAUGGGACUGCUCUGUGUGGUAACCAAUUGCGGCGAGGGAAUGGACUUCCGGGCUGUCGGUACGAUUCUGUCUGGUCUAGUGCAAUGCGGCGCCUGGGGCUGCUUCGAUGAGUUCAAUCGCAUCGACAUAUCGGUGCUCAGUGUAAUCUCCACGCAGCUGCAGACGAUACGCAACGGAUUGAUACGGAAGCUCAAGCGUUUUGUGUUUGAAGGCGUGGAAAUAAGUUUGGAUCCCAAGUGCGGCGUAUUCGUAACCAUGAAUCCGGGCUAUGCGGGCCGCACUGAAUUGCCGGAGUCUGUGAAGGCUUUGUUCCGCCCAGUGACCUGCAUUAAGCCCGACCUGGAGCUCAUCUGCCUGAUUUCGCUGUUCUCCGAUGGCUUCCUCACGGCCAAGGUGCUGGCCAAGAAGAUGACGGUGCUGUAUUCGCUGGCCCAGGAGCAGCUCUCCAAGCAGUGCCAUUACGAUUGGGGCUUGCGCUCUCUGAACUCCGUGCUGCGCAUGGCUGGCGUCAUGAAGCGCCAGUCGGAGGAUCUGCCCGAGGCUGUUGUGCUGAUGCGUGUGCUGCGUGACAUGAACUUUCCAAAGUUCAUAUUCGAAGAUGUACCUCUCUUUUUGGGCCUUAUCAAGGAUCUGUUUCCUGGUAUCGAUUGUCCACGAAUUGGCUACCCAGACUUCAAUGCGGCCACUCGAACCGUCCUUGUCAACGAUGGCUACAUACUGCUGCCCGAUCAGGAAGACAAAGUGGUGCAAAUGUACGAAACCAUGAUGACCCGCCACUCGACCAUGCUUGUGGGCCCAACAGGUGGCGGCAAAACUGUCGUCAUAAAUGCUCUGGUCAAAGCGCAGUGCCACAUGGGCCUUCCCACCAAGUGCCUUGUGCUUAACCCUAAGGCUUGUUCAGUAAUUGAAUUAUAUGGUUACUUGGAUAUGGAAACUCGAGAUUGGAUUGAUGGAUUAUUUUCAAAUAUAUUCCGCGAAAUGAAUAAGCCAAUAGAGCGCGAGGAGCGCCGGUAUGCUUGCUUUGACGGUGACGUGGAUGCACUUUGGAUUGAGAACAUGAACUCUGUUAUGGAUGAUAACAAGCUGUUGACAUUAGCGAAUGGCGAACGUAUACGCCUGGAGAACUAUUGCGCGCUGCUCUUUGAAGUGGGUAAUUUGUUUUAUGCUUCCCCAGCCACCGUCUCCCGGGCUGGCAUGGUCUAUGUGGAUCCCAAGAAUCUGCGCUACAGUCCAUUCUGGCAGCGAUGGGUGUUGACCCGGCCGGAGUCGCAACGGGAGCUGCUGAACGAUUUCUUCGAAAAGAUAAUUGUGAAUGCUAUUGCGUUUAUAUUAGAAGGUCUGGACGGAACCACCCAGGGCAAUCCGCUCAAGCUGGUCAUUAUGCAGACCGACCUCAAUAUGGUUACACAGUUUUGCAAUUUAUAUGAUGCCAUGCUGCCGGUGUACGGACCGCCGGAUAAUAAGAACUCGGACGAGCCUGUGCUCAAGGUCUACAAUACGGAUACCUUGGAGUGCUGUUUCGUUCAGGCUGUCUAUGGAUCUCUGGGCGCCUGUCUGCUGGAAAAGCAUCAGCUCAUAUUUGAUGAAUUUAUGAAGCGCAUUGCCGGCUUUCCACUUGUGGAAGACUCACCGGCCUCGCCAGCCGGUGGCGGGCAAUUGCCACAGACCAAGCCCACACUCUACGACUACUUCUGGGAUCAGAAGGAGAACUGUUGGAUAGCAUGGGAGUGGGUCGUUAAGCCCUACGUGCAUGACCCAACCGUCAAGUUCAGUGAAAUUCUAGUGCCGACUGUCGACAACACUCGCACUGACCGGCUGCUGUCCCUCAUGAGCGAUAUCAAGCGGCCCGUUUUGUUGGUGGGCGAGGCAGGCACAUCGAAGACGGCUACCAUCAUGCAAUAUUUGCGCAAUCUGAAUCCCUCUGUCAAUGUCAUACUCAACAUCAAUUUUUCAUCACGAACGUCGUCUCUGGACGUGCAGCGAACGCUGGAGGCAGCUGUCGAGAAACGAACCAAGGACACGUAUGGCCCACCGAUGGGCAAGAAAAUUGCCUGCUUUAUUGAUGACAUGAACAUGCCGCAGGUGGAUGACUACGGCACCCAGCAGCCGAUUGCGCUGCUGAAGCUGUUCUUCGAGAGAGGCGGCAUGUACGAUCGGGACAAGGAUCUCAACUGGAAGAAGUUCAAGGAUAUGACAUUCUACGCUGCCAUGGGCACCGCUGGCGGUGGCCGCAAUGAAGUGGAUCCGCGCUUCAUUAGCAUGUUCUCCACAUAUAACAUCCUGUUCCCUAACGAUGAGUCGCUCAUACAAAUCUAUUCGUCUAUAUUUAAAGGUCAUAUGACCUUUACCAAAUUCCAUAAGCGCUUCUUUAUGGUUGCCGACAUCCUUGUUAUUAUGACGCUCAAGUUAUUCAAGAUGGUCAUCGUGGAUCUGCCGCCGACGCCCUCAAAGUUCCAUUACAUAUUCAAUCUGAAGGAUCUGUCGCGCAUCUUUGCGGGCAUGCUUCUAAUUCAGCCCGACUUCUAUAAGGAUCUGCGAGAGCUGUUGCGAGUCUGGCGCAAUGAGUUCACCAGAAUCAUAUGCGAUCGACUCAUUUCGCAAACGGAUAUAACUAAUGUGCGUCGCAAUCUGGCCAUCGAGGUGGAGGAACGUUUUCCGCCCGAGUUCGAGGAAUUGCAUGGCUUUAUAGACGUGGAGGCCGCAGCUGCAGAGGCACAGGCACGAUUGCUAUACGAAGCCGAGACCCCUGCCGCAGCGGCGGGCGGCGAAGAGGAAGGAGAAGAAGAGGACGAAGGCGACGAGGGUCCCGAUGCAGUUCUGUCGCUCAAGGAUUAUGUGCUCCGCGACCCGCUGGUCUUCGGCGAUUUCCGCAACUUCACCAACGAAUCCGAGCCGCGCAACUAUGAGGAUCUCAUUGAUUACAAAGCCGUCUUCAGCUUAUUCACCGAAAUCUUACAAGAGUACUGCGAACGUAAGCAGAAAAUGACGCUGGUCCUGUUCGAAGAUUGCUUGGAGCAUUUAACGAGAGUGCAUCGCACCCUGCGCAUGAAUCGGGGCCACGUUCUGCUCAUCGGCGUCGGCGGCUGUGGCAAGAAGUGUGUCACUCGCCUGGCCUCCUUUGCGGCCGAGUGCGAGGUAUUCGAAAUCACCAUAUCCCGAGGCUACAACGAGACGUCAUUCCGCGAGGACCUCAAAGUAUUGUACAACAUAGCUGGAGUUAAGCGAAAGAAAGUUGUGUUCCUGUUUACGGCCGCUCAGAUAGCAGAGGAGGGAUUCUUGGAGCUGAUCAACAACAUUCUAACAGUGGGCCAAGUGCCGGCCCUCUUUGCAGAUGAGGAUAAGGAUGGCAUCGUCAAUCAAGUCCGCAAGUUUGCCGAAGAGGAAGGUCUUUCUGCAUCCAAGGACUCAGUUUGGGCCUACUUUUUGCGCUGCUGUGGCGAGAACCUGCAUGUGGUGCUUUGCAUGUCGCCAGCUGGUGAUGCCCUGCGUAAUCGUUGCCGCAGCUUCCCAGGUCUCAUUGGCAGCACUUACAUAGAUUGGGUAUUUCCCUGGCCCAAGCAGGCGCUCUAUGCGGUUGCGAAGCUCUUCCUCACCGAGCACGCCCUGAUUCCGGUACUGCACCGAGAAGCUAUCAUUGAGCACGUUGUUCAUGUGCACAUGUCCAUUCAAGACUAUUCCAAGGACUACUUGACGAAGCUGAGGCGCUGCAAUUUUGUGACGCCCAAGCACUAUUUGGACUACAUCAACACUUACCUCGGACUACUCGAGGAGAAACAUAAGCACAUCAUGCAGCAGCGCGAGCGCCUCGGAGAAGGUAUCAAGAAAAUCGAAGAGGCUUCCGUACAAAUCGACGAGCUGCGUAUUAUAGUGACAGAGCAAAAGAAAAACGUUGCCGUUGCGGCAGAGGAGUGCGAGGCCAUGCUGGUGACCAUAGAGUCCUCCACGCAGAAGGCUAACACCAAGAAAGCCGAGGCAUCUGAGAAGUCGGUCGAGGUGGAAAGUAAGGGGAAGGUGAUUGCCGUCGAGAAGGACGAGGCUGAGCUGAUCUUGGCCGAGGCGAUGCCAGCAGUAGAGGAAGCCCGUCGGGCCCUUUCCGAGCUCGAAAAAUCCCAGAUCACUGAGAUUCGAUCCUUUGCAACGCCUCCGCCAGCCGUGCAAGUUGUGUGCGAGUGCGUGGCCAUAUUGAAGGGCAUCAAGGAGAUCAGCUGGAAGAGCGCUAAGGGCAUGAUGAGUGAUGUGAACUUCCUCAAGAGUUUGAUGGAAAUGGACUGCGAGGCGCUGACCCAAAAGCAAAUCACCUCCUGCCGCGCCCACAUGAAAACUCAGAACUUAGACGAUAUGGGCAAGAUUUCCAUAGCCGGUGCAGGAUUGUUGAAAUUCGUGAAAGCUGUGCUCGGCUUCUUUGACGUCUACAAAGAGGUCAAACCGAAGAAGGAGCGUCUUGAGUUCUUAGUUGAGGAGCAGGAAAUACAAGUAAAACUCCUGAAUCAUUUGAAUGCGGAAAUUCAAAAGCUCGAAGAGAAGUUGGAUGAGCUGAAUCAGAACUAUGCCACCUCCAUGAGGCAAAUGCGCGCCUUGACUGAAAUGAUGCAGCAGGCCGAGCGUCGACUGCUCGCGUCUGACAAACUGAUCAGCGGCCUUUCCUCGGAAUUGAUACGCUGGAGUGCCGAAAUGGCCAGCCUGGGCCAACAGCUGAUCGACAGUGUUGGCGCUUGCCUCAUCAGUGCAUCGUUUCUGGCUUACACGGGCGCAUUCACCUGGGAGUUCCGCAAGAACAUGGUGUUUAGCGACUGGCUUGAGGACAUAGUUGCAUUGGGCAUACCAGUAAAGCUUCCCCUGAAAAUUGAUGGUUACCUCACGACCGAUGUGGAAAUCGCUCAGUGGUCCAACGAGGGCCUGCCGCCAGAUGAGCUGUCCAUUCAGAACGGCAUCCUCACCAUGCGCGCGUCGCGUUUCCCACUCUGCAUAGAUCCUCAGCUGCAGGCGCUUCAAUGGAUACGAAAGAAAGAGGCUCGCAAUAAUCUCAAGAUAUUGUCAUUUAGCGAUUUCGAUUUCCUAAAGCAGCUGGAAAUGGCUAUAAUGUAUGGCAUACCGGUCUUAUUCGAAGAUGUGGAUGACUACAUUGAUCCCGUCAUUGAUGACGUUCUGCAGAAGAACGUUCGGGUGCAGGGAGGACGCAAGUUCACAAUGCUGGGCGAUAAGGAGGUUGACUGGGAUCACAGAUUCCGGCUCUACUUGACCACAAAGUUUUCCAAUCCCAAAUUUGAUCCCGCUGUGUACGCCAAGGCCUUAGUCAUCAACUACACGGUUACGCAAACGGGCUUGGAAGAUCAGCUACUGAGCGUUGUGGUUGGCACUGAGCGCCCUGAUCUGGAGCAGCAGCGAUCUGAUCUGAUUGCACAGACCAGCGAAAACAAGCAGCUCCUCCAGCAACUCGAAGAUUCGCUCCUGCGUGAGCUGGCCACAUCGACGGGCAACAUGUUGGACAACGUCGAGCUGGUCGAGACUUUGGAAAACACCAAAUCCAAGGCCGGCCUUGUCAUGGAGCAACUGAAGUUAGCCCAUGACACAGCUGUCGAUAUUGAAAUCCUGCGCAACGGCUAUCGGGCCGCCGCCAAGCGCGGGGCGGUACUCUUCUUCGCUCUGGCGGACAUGGCCACAGUGAACAGCAUGUACCAGUAUGCGCUGGCUGCAUAUCUGGACGUGUUCGUCUACUCCCUGCGCAAGGCUGUGCCGGACACGGUGCUGGCCAAGCGUCUUAACAAUAUCAUUAAGACCCUGACCGAGAAUGUCUAUUGCUAUGGAUGCACGGGCAUCUUUGAGCGGCACAAGCUGCUCUUCUCAUUCCAGAUCGCCACAAAGCUGGCGCAGCGAGACGGAGUCCUGUCGCAGCAGGAAAUUGAUUUCUUCAUCAAGGGCAGCAUUGCGUUGACAAAAAGUGAACGUAAUAACCCUGCCAAAUGGCUGCCUGAAAAAAGCUGGGAGGAUGUCCUGAAACUGGCCUCCGAUUUCCCAGAAAUGUUUUCCACCUUACCCGACCAUUUCAGUAUGAAUUUGGAGGAAUGGAAACAGUGGUACGACUUGGAGAACCCCGAGGAGGUGGCAUGCCCUGGCGGUUACAACAUCAAAUGCAAUGCAUUCCAGAAAUUGCUGUUUCUGCGCUGCUUCCGCGUGGAUCGAAUUUUCCGUUCCAUAAAUCAAUACAUUGUGGAGACCAUGGACGAAUUCUAUAUUAUGCCGCCGGUCGUGAGCUUCUCUGCCAUCUAUGAGCAAACGACGUGCUUGAUUCCAGUUUGCUUUGUACUCAGCGCCGGCUCGGAUCCCACCAACGAUCUAAUUAAGCUGGCUGACAUCGUUCUUGGCGGCAUGGGCAACUUCUGUCACAUUUCACUUGGCCAGGGGCAGGAGAAGGCUGCAAUGAACUUGCUGGAUGCGGCGCUCAGGCAGGGUCAAUGGCUGAUGCUCCAGAAUGGUCACUUGCUGGUCAAGUUUGUGCGCGAAUUGGAGAAGUUCCUGGACAAGGUGGAGACUCCGCAUCCAGACUUUAGACUCUGGAUUACCACAGAUCCCACUCCGACGUUCCCAAUUGGCAUAUUGCAAAAAAGUCUAAAGGUGGUUACGGAGCCGCCCAACGGCUUGAAGCUAAACCUGCGCUCGACAUUCUUUAAAGUGCGCCAGGAUCGUCUGGAGGCGUGCUCCCAUCGUGCUUAUCGUCCAUUAAUCUAUGUUCUGGCCUUCUUCCACGGCGUUGUGCAAGAACGUCGCAAAUACGAUAAGCUUGGCUGGAACAUAGCAUAUGAUUUCAACGACACAGACUUCGAAGUGUGCACCGAGAUCCUGCGUAACUAUUUGACCCGCUGCUCCGAGGAGAAGAUGCCGUGGAAUAGUCUCAAGUAUCUAAUCGGCGAGGUCAUGUACGGGGGCCGCGUCAUUGAUGACUUCGAUAGACGCAUUACCAACUGCUACAUGAAUGAGUAUAUGGGUGACUUUCUGUUCGACGUAUUCCAAUCGUUCCACUUCUACGAGGACGAGAACGUUGACUACUGCCUGCCCGACGAGGAGACCGUGCUCAAAGAGGACUUCAUAGCCCACAUUGACAAACUGCCGCUGGUCAAUAAGCCGGAUGUAUUUGGUUUGCAUCCAAACGCGGAAAUCGGUUAUUACACAAUGGCCGCGCGCAACAUUUGGAACAGCCUGAUUGAGUUGCAGCCACAAACUGGUGAGGGCACCGGUGGCAUCAGCCGAGACGACUUCAUCGACUUUGUGGCUGCCGGCAUACUGAAGAAGCUUCCGCCGGCCUUCGAGACGUGGCGCAUACGAAAGCAAAUCCAAAUGAGUCUGUCACCCACCGGCGUGGUGCUGCUGCAGGAGCUGGAUCGGUUUAAUAUUCUGGUGGUGCGCAUCAAGAAGACGCUGGAGCUGCUGCGGAAGGCCAUCGCCGGCGAAAUCGGCAUGGACAAUAUCCUGGACAACAUUGCCAACUCGUUAUUCAAUGGCCUCCUGCCAGCCGCAUGGAGCAAACUGGCGCCGGCCACAUGCAAGCAGUUGGCCAGCUGGCUGGAGCAUUUAAAGAAACGUGCCGUACAGUACAAGUAUUGGUCGAUUUCAGGCGAGCCGCUGGUCAUGUGGCUGUCUGGACUGCAUAUACCACAGAGCUACCUCACGGCCCUCGUUCAGAUUGCAUGCCGCAGAAACAACUGGCCCCUGGAUCGCUCCACGCUAUUUACCUAUGUGACCACAUACUCGGAGCCCGAUGACGUCGAAGAGCGUCCAGCGACGGGCUGCUAUAUACACGGUCUGUACAUAGAGGGAGCUCGCUUUGACACGCAGGCGGGCCAGCUGAAGCGUUCGCAUCCCAAAGUCCUGGUCGAGGAGCUGGCCAUUCUGGCCGUGGUGCCCAUUGAAGCGCACCGACUCAAGCUACAGAACACCUUCCUGGCGCCCGUAUACACCACAUCGCUGCGACGCAACGCCAUGGGCGUCGGCCUGGUAUUCGAAGCGAAUUUGGCCACUUCUGAAGAUCUUAGCCACUGGAUACUGCAGGGCGUGUGUUUGACUCUGAAUACGGAUACUUAGAAACGGUACAUGGAAGCGAUAUGCUUGAUCGUUUUGCCAAACGAUAUCGCAAAUAAAUGGAUAUUUGCAAGACUGAAUUGGCAAUCGUUUAUGUAUUGUACGUUAUGGAUAUUGUGACUAUAAAUGAAUUUCUAGUGCCUUUCAA